CUCCCGCAGGACCUCCCCCGACUUCUUCCCUUGCGCCCCAACUCCGGAGCGGGACGGUGAGGCAGGAUGAGCAGACCCCUGAAAGAGAAGCUCCAGCGCCUGCAGUGUCACUUCACCUGGGACUUUGAGGUCAAGGACAAAAUGAACAUCAGACACACCCUGUUUACUCUGGCUGUCCGCCUGGAGCACGGACCCCUCCGUAACCGGGGCACCUACCUUGCCCUGAAGGCCUAUCUGCUCCACCUGGUGGGGAGCCCCAAAGAGGCCCUGGCCGUCCUGCAGGAAGCCAAGGAGGUCUUGAGGAAGGAGCCUCAGGGGAUCUUCCCGCGCCAGAUCCUGCUGGUGUACGGGAACUACGCCUGGAUCUAUUACCACUUGACCGAUUAUGACAAGGUGGACCUCUACUUGGCCCAGAUCCGCCAGAUCUGUCGGGACCUGUCCAGUCCUGAGCCAUACUCGGCCCUGAUCCCGGAGGUCUAUGCCCAGAAGGGCUGGUCCCUCUUUGCCAUGGGCUUCCGGAAUGGCCAGCUGGCCCUGGAGUGCUUCCAGAAGGCCCUGGAGCUGCGGGGACCAAGCGUGGAGCUGCAGGAGGGCCUGGCCUUCUCCACCUUCGCUUCCUGGACACACUCCCACGAUGAGAAGUUAAAGGAAGAGAGCCAGAAGUUGCUGGAAGGGCUGAUCUGCAGCCACCCCAAAAAUUAUGAAGCCAAAGUCUACUUGGCGCAGACUCACCGGAUGGGAGAUGACGAAAGAGCCCAGCACCUUGCCGAUGAUGUGAUCCAGAACAGUCUCAACCCGGAACUCCUGAGAAAUGCCGCCAAGUUGUAUAAGUUCCACUCUCCCUCCCAGGCCAUUUCCAUCCUGAAGAAGGCCAUCGCCCUCUGCGGUGUUUACUAUCUCCUGCACUACGACCUUGGCAUCUGUUACAUGGAUCUCUUAGAUCGAGGAUCUGAGGGGAACCGAGCGGAGAUCGUGGAGGAAGCCAUUGGGUGCUUCAAACGCUCUCUGGAAGCCCAUCCUGAAUCCGUGUUUUCCCGGCUGAAGCUGGCGGAGUUGUACGGAGAAAAGAGCCAGCUUUACGAGGAGGAGGUCUACCUGGGCCUGAUGGAGGACCUGCCAACCACCAGCAAGAGAUGCCAGCAGUCUUUCUAUCUGCACUGGGGGGAUUUCCUCCUCCACAAGAAGGGGCAGAGGCAGGCAGCGCUGCGGGCGUACGAGGCUUGCUUGGAGGUGCCAGGAGAGCACCCUGUGGAGCAGAAGCACCUGGCUUUGCGCCUGAGAGAGCUGGCCAGGGCCUUCCUUUGUGAAGGCGACAAGGAACAAGAGAGGGCUGUCCGCUGUCUGAUGAGCAAAAUGGCAGCAAAGCAUCAGGGGGCACCUCGCUGAUCUCACCCUCGCAUGUGACCCUCCCCAGGAGCUGGCUGGGACUGUCCGGGUGCUUCAGCCCCAUAUGGGUGGUGCUCCCUGGCAACCCUGAGCCGCCCCUUCCUGGGACAUUGCUGGAAAGCAGUAUAAUGUUUGUGUUAACCCCCCCCUCUCUUUCUCUUCCCUUCCCCUCUUUAUUGCAUGAAUAAUCUGGGGUGCACACGAGUGGUUGGGUGGCCUAGAGACUGUGAGUUCGAUCCUAGGUGGAGGCAGAUAUUUCUCUCUCUGGGCGCAAUGAGAAUUUAUCUGCCGAACAAAACUCCGCAUUGGUGACAGGAAAGGAAUCCGGCCAUUAAAAUACUCUGUUUGCUCCAUUCAGAUUCCACACCGCAAGGGAUUAUGGGGUCGUUAAAAGGAGAUGAUGAUGAAUCCAGCGUGCGCACCUGACAAUUCUAUAACUCCCAGUUGCUUGCAGAUAUAAACCUUGUAACCGGUGAUGUAAAGUAGAAUUUAGGAGGACCGAGUUCGUCAGAUAGAGUGCUACUAAUGCUUCAUGCUCCCCUACAAAGCCUCUGAUGUUGCUACCCAGCCUUUUUGAGGCCUUUUUGUUUUUUUUAAUGUAUAUCUUCAGUUUUAUAUCCUGCAGCUUUUUAU